AUGGCCUCAAAAAUAACUGAAGCUGCACUUUCAAAAGCUGAGACGAUAUCUCUUCGAAACAAACACAUUGGGUCAUCCUGUCAGCUGUUUUUCAGAUCAAACCCACUGAAGAUUGUAAAGGGGAGGGGGCAGUACCUGUUUGAUGAGAAGGGGGAUCAGUACCUGGAUUGCAUAAAUAAUGUGGCCCAUGUUGGCCACUCACAUGCAGCUGUUGUGGAAGCAGGGAGCAAGCAGAUGGCAGAACUGAACACGAACAAUCGAUUCCUUCACGAUAACAUCGUAAGACUUGCACAAAAACUAGUCUCCACAUUACCAUCCAAACUAUCUGUCUGUUUUUUUGUUAAUUCCGGGUCAGAAGCAAAUGACUUGGCUCUGCGAUUGGCUCGAGCACACACAAGAAACAAGGAUGCUAUUGUCCUUGAUCAUGCAUACCAUGGCCAUGUCAUCAGCGCAAUGGAUUUGAGUCCGUACAAAUUCAAUCACAAGGGAGUCAAGAAAUCCUGGGUCCAUGUUGUACCCACCCCAGACGUCUACAGAGGCAAAUACACCGACCAAUCACAUCCCGACUACGAUUUGGGCAAAUUGUACGCAGAUGAAGUUAGGCAGGUUUUAGAAAGACUGCCCUCCGAAGGCAGACGUGUGGCCGCCUUUUUUGCAGAGUCCCUACAAAGCUGUGGGGGGCAGAUCCUUCCCCCAAAGAAUUAUCUGAAAUAUGUCUACCAGUACGUUAGGGACGCAGGGGGUGUUUGUGUGGCGGAUGAAGUUCAGACGGGGUUCGGAAGGGUGGGUUCACAUUGGUGGGCCUUCCAGCUUCAAGGCGAAGAUGUCAUUCCGGAUAUCGUAACGAUGGGAAAACCCAUGGGGAAUGGUCAUCCCGUCUCGGCCGUCGUAACAACGGAGGAGAUUGCCAGGAGCUUCCAUCGGAACGCUCCUGAGUAUUGCAAUACC